AUGGCGGCGGGCGAGGCUUCCCCGCUGUCCUUCCGCACCUACCGGGAGUAUCUGGAGUCUCUGGUGGAGCCGCGGGACCUGCAGUACCUGGAGAGCCUGUCGGUGGGGAGGCAGCUGGUGGAGCUGGGUGUCCGCGGCCCCGGGGAUGUGCUGCAGCGGGAGGAGUUCGAGGCCCGGAAGGCAGAGUUGGAGGCUGCGGCCCCUCAGAAGCCACUGGCAAGUGUGGGAAAAGAAUUGAAGGAUAACUUUUUGAAGGUCCUGGCAGAAAGAGAGGAAGGCAAUCGUACUGGAAAAAUUUCUUCUAUAAUCUUCAUACGUGACCGAAAUUCUCAUGGCCAGGAGGUGUCUGCAUACAUUGACUAUGCACACAGACUGACAACAGAUGAUUUUGAAGUUUAUUUCAGUGGGAAGAGAAAACUUCUCCCUCAGAAGACUGAUCUGAGCUUUUACAACUGGGAUAGAAAUGUCAGCACUUCAAAUUGCAGCCCAAAUUACCAAGUGAUUGCAGAAAAUGCUGGCGGACUACUCUUCAAGAACAAAAGUGAUAGGAAAAUAAUAAAUGUGGAUCCCAAGGCCUACCCAGGAGACAACACAACACGGAUGCCUGUCAAAACACAUCUCUAUCUCCAUGUUGUUAUCUAUGACCAUAUCAUCAGAAGAGGGAUCUAA